AUGGUCGCACCGCACGGCGUAACGGGGAUGCUGGGUGAAGAUGGCAUCCACGUUGACAUGCAGCACCUGAAGAGUGGAGAGGUCAACCUUGUUCCUGUGCAGCCUGGUAUGGCCAUCAACUUCAAGGACGGUGUUAUUCUGGGCGCCGACAGCCGCACAACCACCGGUGCCUACAUUGCCAACCGAGUCACGGACAAAUUGACACAGGUGCACGACACUAUCUGGUGCUGCCGAUCUGGCUCGGCGGCGGACACCCAGGCCGUGGCGGACAUUGUCUCCUACCACCUCAACAUGUACGGCGUUACCAACAACGAGGCGCCCAGCACACAGGUGGCGGCGUCGCUCUUUCAGGAACUGUGCUAUGAGAACAAGGAGAUGCUGAGUGCUGGAAUCAUCAUUGCGGGAUACGACCCGCGACACGGCGGUCAGGUGUUUUCGAUACCGCUCGGAGGAUCUCUACACAAGCAGUCGUUUGCGAUUGGCGGCUCGGGCUCGACCUACAUCUAUGGUUAUACCGAUGCGCACUGGCGGGAGCAGAUGACCGAGGAAGAGGGCAUCGAUUUCGUGCGGAACGCCCUGCAGGAGGCGAUCAAGUGGGAUGGUAGCUCCGGUGGUGUUAUUCGACUGGUGGUGUUGACCAAGAAGGGUGCAGUGCGACACCUGUACCUGCCAGACAAUGGCUACACCGGGCCCGGGGUGACAAAUUAA